AUGAAGGUGGUAAGGGAUUUUGAGAGAUGGGGAGCUAUUAAUUGGAGACUCAAAUACACUUUUAUUUCUCUAAUUCCUAAGAAGUCUAAUGUGGAGGAAAUCAAAGACCUUCGUCCUAUUAGUCUUACCGGUAGAAUUUACAAGGCUAUCUCAAAGGCUCUAGCGGAGAGAUUCAAGAUUAUGUUACCAAAGCUCAUCUUUAAUCACCAAAGUGCUUUCAUUAAGGGUAGGCAAAUCACUGAUAGCAUCCUCAUUGCUAAUGAAUGUCUAGAUUCUAGAAUCAAAGAAAAGAAGCCUGGAAUAAUUUGCAAAGUUGAUCUUGAAAAGGCGUUUGAUCAUGUGAAAUGGUCUUUUGUUGAUGAAGUUUUGCUUCGAAUGGGUUUUGGAGAUCGGUGGAGAACCUGGAUUAAGGGUUGCAUAGAAAAUGUUCCUUUUUCUAUCCUUGUUAAUGGCUCUUCCCAUGAUAAAUUUUCAAGUCAAAGGGGUCUCAGGCAGGGAGACCCCUCUCUCCCUUUCUGUUCUUACUUGUUUUUGAGGGUCUUCGGUGUUGGCGAAGUUUCAAAUAUUAAUGAGUUAGCUGAAGUUUUUGGGUGCACUUCUGAAUCUUUGCCUGCCAUCUAUCUUGGAAUGCCCCUUGGUGAUAAUUCAAGGUCAGCAACAAACUGGGAUAGGAUCAUUGAAUUGUGUAAGAAUAGGUUGGCUAAUUGGAAGAAAAGAUUUGUCUCAAAAGCGGAAAUUGAAAAAGUGAUUAGCUGUUUUAUGUGGGACGAUUGUAACGGGGGAAAGAAACACAAGUGGGUCAAGUGGUCUACAGUUUGUAAACCUUUGAAUAGGGAAGGCUUGGGUAUAAGAAGUCUUUCUCAUUUUAAUAGAGCGAUGCUCAUGAAAUGGUGGUGGAGGCUAGGAAGGGAGAAAAAUUCGCUGUGGUUUAAAAUCAUUAGCGAAAAAUAUGGAAUUACUAAUUUGGGUUGGAAAACUAAACCACCAAAGGGGGUUGAUGGUUCUAGUGUAUGGCGAUAUAUAUACUCUGUCUCCAAUGAUAUCUUUAAUAAUGUGCAAUUUAAGGCUGGAAAUGAUGAAACAGUGCGCUUUUGGGAAGAUCAGUGGCUCCAUGAAGGUAUUCUCUCUUAUUUAUAUCCUAAUCUCUACCAAUUGUCUAUCCUUAAAGGAGCUUCUAUUAAGCAAUGUUGUUCUACUUCUCUUUCUUCUUUUUCUUGGGAUUUGGGGGUUUCUCACAGAAGACUCUAUGAUAUUGAAAUUCAAGAACUUUCUUAUCUAUUACUAGUUCUUCAGAAUUCUUCUAUAGAUGAAUUGGAAGAGGAUGUGAUGAUUUGGAAGAACCAUAAGUCAGGAUUAUUCACUGUGGCAUCUGCUUACGAGCUUGAAGUUGGUGAUACAGAUGUGGUCUCAUUCCCAAAAGAGAAAAUUUGGUCUACUAAAUGGCCUCAUAAGGUGGGGUUCUUUUUAUGGCAGGCCGCUCUAGGUCGUCUCCCUAUUUUAGAUAACUUGCAGAAGAGGGGUAGUGCUCUGACUACUAAUUCCGGCAACCCACGACCAAAUAUUUGCAAGCUUUGUGAUCUUUUUGCGGAAGAUGCGAAUCAUUUGCUCUUGACUUGUCCUUUUGCAGUUGAGGUUUGGCAUUACUUUCUUUCCAGCGCUAAUUUUACGGGGUCUCUGCAGCUGACUGUGUUAGAGGUUUUGAAAAAUUGGAAGAGCCGUCAUCUCUCUUCUCAAGCUAAGGAACUUUGGGAUAGAUUACCUGCUAGCAUCACUUGGAGUUUAUGCAAGGAGCCUAAUGCUCGUACUUUUGAAGGGAUUCAAAAAACAAGCGAAGCUAUCAUUACCGAGAUAAAAAUUCAGACUAUUCACUGGGCUUCCGUUCAUACGUCUAUGCAGGGAGUUGCAAUUAAUGAUGGGAUUGUUAACUGGAGUCAUAAAUUUUUUGAUCCUCAUUAA